GAAGAGGCGAUGCCUGGGGAAGGGCCGAGUGGCUUUUCAGGGAGGGAGAUUGUGGGUGAAGAAUGAGGCAAGCAGGAGUGAACCCCCCCAAGUUAGAUUUGGGGCAUGUUAAGUUUGAGUUGUCUGUGGGGCGUCCAUAUGGCACAGUGUAGCAGAGGGAUUAGAGUUCAGAGGAGAUGGGGUCAGAUAGAGAUACAGACUGAGAUCUGAGAACGAGUGGGGGCUCCUUGGGAGACAGUGUGGAUGAGGAAGAGGACAAGGAUGGGCAGAGCCCGGGGCUCAGUUCACAAGUCAGGGAGGUGAAAAGGCAUCAGUGCCUCAAGGUGAGGAGAGUAGGUAAGGAGCAGAGACCUUGCAGUUCAGCCCCGAGGAGGCCAGGAGUGGAGUCAGGGGAGGUGCAUCUGAGUGAUGCGGUUUGAGAGGGGAAAACACACGCUUUUUGUUUUGUUUUCAUUUGAGAAAAAGAGAGAACGCAGAGGGAGAGUGAGAGGGAGAAGCUGACUCCCUGCUAAGCCGAGAGCCCAGUGCGGGGUUUGAUCCCAGGACCCCGAGAUCAGGACCACAGCUGAAGGCAGACGCCUGACUGACUGAGCCACCCGGGCGCACUUUGACAGCACUUGGAGUUGCUUUGUUGCAAAAGGGGUGGGGAGAAAUAAGGCCAUAGCUGGAGGGGGUGGUAAGUUGAGGGGUUUUGUUGUUUGUUUUAAAGAGGAGAGAUGCAGCUCGUGGAUACACUGAAGCAGUCUGGGAGAUAAGGAAAAGUUGUAGGUGGGAAGUCAGAGUCCCUGGGCCAGCAGCAGGCAGGGGACGGGGUAGUUCUGGAAUUCUCAGUUCAGCGCUAGUGGUGUUCAGUGCUGUGGAGGCCUGUCCUGUGCACUGGAGGGUGUCCAGCAGCAUCCCUGGUUUCCCCUCACCGGAUGCCGGGAGCACCAGCCCCUCCAGGUGACAGCUCGGGUCUCCAGGCAUCGUCCCCUGGGAUGGGAGAGUCAUUCAUUCUCCUUGACAAUCACUGCUUUUGCAGUUGGAACAUGGGAACGUCUCUUCUGCUUGCUUUUAUGUUCUCACUGGCAAGGUCACCUGCUAAGAGGAGGAGGGGGAGGGAUAGAGGUUUGAGGGGAGCAGAGGCACGUCCAGUACCACCUGCUGGGUGGGAGUGUGUGUGGUGAAUGGACAGAGGAGGGCAGUGUGAGCGGUGCCGGGAACUUUGAGAUGCUCGGGCGAGAGCGCAAAGGGAGACUGAAGCCAAGGCCGCCCACUGGCUCGGUCGGUAGAGUGCUCAGCCCUUGAUCACGGAGCUGUGUGAUGGUCGGCUCCCACGCAGACAUGGCACCCGCCUCUACCACCGAGGGGCCCGGGGAGAAGCCCGGCCCCACGGCCCCCACCCCGGCGGCCCAGUAUGAGUGUGGGGAGUGUGGCAAGUCGUUCCGGUGGUCAUCUCGGCUCCUCCACCACCAGCGCACGCACACGGGCGAGCGGCCCUACAAGUGCCCUGACUGCCCCAAGGCCUUCAAGGGCUCGUCCGCCCUGCUCUACCACCAGCGGGGCCACACGGGUGAGCGGCCCUACCAGUGCCCCGACUGCCCCAAGGCCUUCAAGCGCUCCUCGCUGCUGCAGAUACACCGCAGUGUGCACACGGGCCUGCGGGCCUUCACGUGCGGCCAGUGCGGCCUGGCCUUCAAGUGGUCUUCACACUAUCAGUACCACCUGCGGCAGCACACGGGCGAGCGGCCCUACCCGUGUCCCGACUGCCCCAAGGCCUUCAAGAACUCGUCCAGCCUGCGGCGUCACCGGCACGUGCACACGGGAGAGCGGCCCUACACCUGCGGCGUGUGCGGCAAGAGCUUCACCCAGAGCACCAACCUGCGGCAGCACCAGCGCGUGCACACGGGCGAGCGGCCCUUCCGCUGCCCGCUCUGCCCCAAGACCUUCACGCACUCGUCCAAUCUGCUGCUGCACCAGCGCACCCACGGCUCGGCCGCUGCCGCCGCCCCACCGCAGCACGAGCCCGGCGCCAAGGUCUUGGUGUCGGAUGCCUACUUGCACGCGCCCCCGCCGCCGCCGCCGCCUGCGCCUCCCCCCGUGGUGCCGGAGCUCUUUCUGGCUGCGGCGGAGACCACGGUGGAGCUGGUGUACCGCUGCGAGGGCUGCGAGCUGGGCUUCGGCAGCGAGGAGCUGCUCCUAGAGCACCAGCCCUGCCCUGGGCCCGAGGCCGCCACCCCACCCCAGGACGGGCACGCCACCACGGUGCCCAAGGCAGACCCCGCCCCGCCGCCCUCCCAGUCCCCGCCGGCCCCCGCACCACAGCCCCCGCCUGCCUCCGCAGCCCCCGGCUUCGCCUGCCUCCCGUGCGGGAAGUCCUUCCGGACGGUGGCCGGCCUCUCCCGCCACCAGCACAGCCACGGCGCGGCAGGCGGGCAGGCGUUCCGCUGUGGCAGCUGCGACGGUGCCUUCCCGCAGCUGGCCAGCCUCCUGGCGCACCAGCAGUGCCACGUGGAAGAGGCGGCUGCCGGGCGCCCGCCCCCCCAGGCGGAGGCUGCCGAGGUCACCUGUCCCCAGGAGCCCCUGGCCCCAGCCGCCGCCGCCCCACCCGCCGCUGCUGCCGCCGCGCCGGCGCCCGCCCCCGCGGGCACUGAGCGGCCCUACAAAUGUGCGGAGUGUGGCAAGGCCUUCAAGGGCUCCUCGGGGCUGCGCUACCACCUGCGGGACCACACGGGCGAGCGGCCCUACCAGUGCGGCGAGUGCGGCAAGGCCUUCAAGCGCUCCUCGCUGCUGGCCAUCCACCAGCGCGUGCACACGGGCCUGCGAGCCUUCACGUGUGGCCAGUGCGGCCUCACGUUCAAGUGGUCCUCGCACUACCAGUACCACCUGCGGCUGCACUCGGGCGAGCGGCCCUACGCCUGCGGGGAGUGCGGCAAGGCCUUCCGGAACACGUCGUGCCUGCGGCGCCACCGGCACGUGCACACGGGCGAGCGGCCCCACGCCUGCGGCGUGUGCGGCAAGAGCUUCGCGCAGACCUCCAACCUGCGGCAGCACCAGCGCGUGCACACGGGCGAGCGGCCCUUCCGCUGCCCGCUCUGCCCCAAGACCUUCACGCACUCGUCCAACCUGCUGCUGCACCAGCGCACGCACUCCGCCGAGCGCCCCUUUGCCUGCCCUGUGUGCGGCCGCAGCUUCGUCAUGGCGGCCUACCUGCAGCGGCACCUGAGGACGCACGCCCCCGCGCCCACGGUCGCCGCCGGCCCCACAGCCCCCGCCGCCGGCUCCCAGCCCCCCGCCCCGCUGGCUGCCGCCCCAGCCGCGUCUGCCACCCAAGACGUCCAUGUUCUCCCGCACCUCCAGGCCACGCUCUCCCUCGAAGUGGCAGGGGGCCCGGCUCCGGCCCCGCCCCCAGGCCAGGCAGCCCCCAACUCCCAGACUUUUCUCCUGGUGCAGACUGCCCAGGGCCUGCAACUCAUCCCCAGCAGCGUCCAGCCACCCACUCCACCGCCCCCACCGGCUCCCCCCAAGCUCAUCCUGCUGCCCUCGUCCAGUCCUGGUGCCGGGAGCAGCCGCGGUAGGCAGGGCCCACUAGCAGCAGGAAAAUCUGGCCAGGCGCCUGGAGUAGUAUGGCUGCCAGGUCCUGGGGGACUGGGGGUUCAGAGCGGGGGCAACGCAGGGGCCAGCGGGGGAGGGCAGAGCCUCAUCGUUCUACAGAAUGUAGGGGGUGGGGAGGCAGGGGCACAGGAAGUGAGUGGGGUCCAGCUCCAGCCCCUCCGGCCAGCCCCGGAAGUGACCGCGGUCCAGCUCCAGCCAGCCCAGGAGGUGACCACGGUCCAGCUCCAGCCGGCUCAGGAGGUGACCACGGUCCAGCUCCAGCCUGUGGCAGGCCAGCUCUCCAAUCCCAGUGGGGGAGCAGUGACCACUGAGGCCCCCAACCUGCUGGUGGUUCAGAGUGGUACAGCUGAGGAGCUGCUGGCGGGCCCUGGCCCCGGGGAGCCCGGUGAUGGUGACGCCAGUACUGGCGUCGUCCAGGAUGUCCUCUUCGAGACACUGCAGACAGAUGAGGGGUUGCAGAGCGUCCUGGUGCUGAGCGGGGCAGAUGGCGAGCAGACCCAGCUAUGUGUGCAGGAGGUAGAGACCCUCCCCACUGGGCUGGCAGAGCCUCCUGCCCCAGGCCCACCGGGACAGAAACUGCUCAUCAUCCGCAGCGCACCGGCCACGGAGCUGCUGGAGAACAGCCCCGGUGGGGGAGGAGCUCCCACACUGCAGCUGCUGACCCCUCCACCACCCGGCCAAGCCUCUGCUCCAGUGAGCAUCUCCACGGCACCCACCUCCCAGAUGGUCCAAGUGGUACCCACUGGCGCUGCCCCCGGAGGCAUGCCCCCACAGGGCCUGCCCUCUAUCCAGAUUGUCCAGACUCUGCCCGCAGUCCAGCUGGUGCACACAUUUUGAAAAGAACCACUGGGUUCUUGAGGGCCCCACACAGAGACCCGGACUCCCUGCUUGGGCUGGACUGGGCUGGGCUGUGCAGGGGGGCAGGGGAGCUGCGGGCUGGGCUUGCUAAUAAAGACCAGAAUCUCCUCUC